AAAAUUAUUCUGUGGACAGAAUUUGGAUUAAGUAUGAGGAGGUGACGCUACGCGAGGUAGUUUCAUCAUCGUUUCCUCUGCUCUUCAGUUCACUGAAAAUGGGUAGCUUAGCGGUAGCAACAACGUAUUCACCAUCUUCUAUCGCUCCCCUCAGAGCACGAUGUCGUUUUGGUUUUCACUUUGCUUCCUUUCUUUCUUCCACCACAAAGCUAAAAUGCCCAUCAAUCGCCACCAGAACCACACUCGCCGUCGCCACUGACCCUACGGUUUCGGUCAACCCCAAUCCCAACCCUAACCCCAAUCAGCUUCUUCUGCCUUCUAACGAAUCAUCCGAGAGGCUUCUCAGAAUCCGCCACACGUCUGCGCAUGUGAUGGCAAUGGCUGUUCAAAAGCUAUACCCUGAUGCAAAAGUGACGAUUGGGCCUUGGAUAGAAAAUGGGUUUUAUUACGACUUCGAUAUGGAGCCUUUGACCGAUAAAGAUUUGAAGAGAAUCAAGAAAGAAAUGGAUCGGAUUAUUGGAAGAAAUUUACCUCUUCUGAGAGAAGAAGUCUCAAGAGACGAAGCUCAUAGAAGAAUAUCGGCAUUGAAUGAACCGUACAAGUUGGAGAUUUUGGAAAGCAUUAAGGACGAUACCAUCACCAUAUAUCAUAUUGGCAACGAAUGGUGGGACCUUUGUGCUGGACCUCAUGUUGAUUCUACUGGAAAUAUCAAUAAGAAAGCAGUUGAACUUGAGUCUAUUGCUGGAGCAUACUGGAGAGGAGAUGAAAGAAAACCAAUGCUUCAAAGGAUAUAUGGUACUGCAUGGGAGAAUGAAGAGCAGUUAAAAGCUUACCUUAAUUUCAAAGAGGAAGCUAAGCGUCGAGAUCACAGGCGCAUAGGGCAAGAUCUUGAUUUGUUUUCUAUACAGGAUGAUGCUGGUGGAGGUUUAGUUUUCUGGCACCCGAAGGGAGCUAUUGUCAGACACAUAAUUGAAGAUUUCUGGAAAAAAAUUCACUUGAAGUGUGGCUAUGAUCUGCUGUACACACCACAUGUGGCAAAAGCUGAUCUUUGGAAGAUCAGUGGUCAUUUAGACUUCUACAAAGAGAAUAUGUAUGAUCAGAUGGACAUUGAAGAUGAGCUUUAUCAGCUCCGACCUAUGAAUUGUCCUUAUCAUAUUUUGGUGUACAAAAGCAAACUUCAUUCCUAUCGUGAUUUUCCUAUUAGGGUGGCAGAAUUGGGAACUGUUUAUAGAUAUGAACUGUCUGGAAGUUUACAUGGCCUUUUCCGUGUCAGAGGUUUCACACAGGAUGACGCACAUAUAUUUUGCUUAGAUGACCAGAUUAAAGAUGAGAUCAGGGGAGUCCUAGAUCUUACUGAAGAAAUAUUGUUGCAGUUUGGUUUUGACAAGUAUGAAGUAAAUUUAUCUACAAGGCCUGAAAAGGCUGUGGGAGAUGAUGAUAUAUGGGAGAAAGCUACCACUGCUUUGGAAGAUGCUUUGGAUGAUAAAGGUUGGAGUUAUCAAAUUGAUGAUGGAGGAGGCGCCUUUUACGGGCCAAAGAUUGAUAUCAAGAUUGAGGAUGCUCUUGGUCGGAAGUGGCAGUGCUCAACCAUACAGGUUGAUUUCAACCUACCACAGCGUUUUGACAUCACAUAUGUUGACUCAAAUACUGAGAAAAGGAGGCCUAUCAUGAUCCAUAGAGCAGUGCUUGGAUCAUUGGAAAGAUUCUUUGGUGUUCUCAUUGAGCAUUAUGCCGGUGAUUUUCCAUUAUGGCUUUCUCCAAUACAAGCUCGAGUUUUACCUGUUACUGAUGCCCAGCUUGAGUAUAGCAAAGGUGUAGCCAACAAACUGAAAAUGUAUGGCAUAAGAGUUGAAGUUUGCCAUGGAGAGCGCCUACCUAAACUCAUAAGAAAUGCAGAGAAGCAGAAAAUUCCUUUGAUGGCUGUUGUGGGCUCAAAGGAAGUUGAAACAGAAACGGUCACAGUUAGAUCUAGGUUUGGUGGGGAGCUUGGGACUAUGUCUGUUGAUGACUUUAUUGAUAGAAUAAGGUUGGCAUCAGAAAACCCUAGAUCAUUAUGAGGUUAUUUUAAUAGGUAAAAGAUGGUUCUCUUAAAUAUGUUGUAUCAUUAUAUAAUUACUUAAUCAUCAGGACCAUUUUACAUUGAAGAACAAAAGGCUCUGACUUUUCGACUAGGGAAUUUUAGUUUUGAUACAACACAUUUACAUUUAUUGCAUCCUUUUCAGAUCACUUUUACUUGUAACCUUGGACUUAGUUUUUUUGUCUACUUUUGAAUACAAUUUAUACCUGCU